CUCGUAGUUGAUAGGCAGAGCGAAGCACCGCCGCGCCGGCUGGUACUUGGAAGGGAAAUGAGCUUCAGGUCACCCAGGCUGUAGAGCUUUUACUUUUGACUGAACGCGGUUUUAACACAAAGCUAGUAAGACCAUGGUGGCUGUUUAAAAAAUAAAAAAGGAAAACUAAAAUGUCACAAAAAGACACGCUGCUGCAUCUCUUCGCCGGGGGAUGCAGUGGUACAGUGGGAGCCAUUGCGACCUGCCCGCUGGAAGUGUUGAAGACCAGGUUGCAGUCCUCAGGCCUCACCCUGCGGCCUGUCUUCCAGGUCCAUCUGGGCACCCUGAAUGGCACCGGGGUUAUCCGACCUGCGACGGUUACACCUGGGCUGCUACAGGUCCUUCGAUCAAUUCUUGAAAAAGAGGGUCCUAGUUCUCUCUUUCGUGGACUGGGGCCAAAUCUUGUUGGUGUUGCCCCGUCAAGAGCCAUUUACUUCGCUGCCUACUCGAAGUCUAAAGACAUGUUCAAUGGGCUGUUUGUCCCCAACAGUGGACUGGUGCACAUGUCUUCAGCUGGUGUUGCAGCUUUUGUUACCAAUUCUCUGAUGAACCCAGUCUGGAUGGUCAAGACUAGGAUGCAGCUGGAGAAAAAAGGCAAAGGAGAGAAGAAGAUGAAUGCACUUCAGUGUGCGCGCUACGUUUACAGAAUGGAGGGAAUCCGCGGCUUCUAUCGCGGCCUGACUGCGUCGUACGCCGGCAUCUCGGAGACCAUGAUCUGCUUCCUCAUCUACGAGACGCUGAAGAAACACCUCGCCAAGAACCAGUUCACCUCCCCAAACGGUGAAAAGGAGAAAGGAGUGUCAGACUUCCUGGGCCUGAUGAUGGCAGCGGCUUUUUCUAAGGGUUGUGCUUCCUGCAUAGCCUACCCACACGAGGUCAUUCGGACAAGGCUGCGUGAAGAAGGCAGCAAGUAUAAAUAUUUCUUCCAGACCGGGAGGUUAAUUUGGGUGGAGGAAGGUUAUGCAGCGUUUUACAGAGGACUCAUUCCACAGCUAUUCAGACAAAUCCCCAACACGGCCAUCGUUCUCUCCACGUACGAACUCAUUGUCCAUCUGCUGGGAGAUUCCAAGGGACGGCACGUCUGAAAGUCGGGACUUUCCUGUUAAACAACAGAGGUCGCACAAAAGCCGAGACACGCUGGGCAAAAAGACUUAUGAAAACGUAGCACAAACAAGUGCAACACGGACUGUUCUGAUGAAACUGUAGCUGCUUGUACCGUUUGUCCAAAGAGCUAUAGACACAUUAUUUAAUUUAAAGCUUGUUGGGAGUUUAUCGAGACAACACAAGAAGUCGUGGUACUUAUUACAACUCCAAACCUGUUGGUGGGGGGGAAGGUCAUCUUUGUUGAAGACUAAUUUUAAGUUAACUAAAUUAUUUUUGUUUGCUUUUUUUUGUAAAGUAAUAUGUUUUGUUUUUGUUAUUGUACCAUAACACAUGGACAGACAGACUGACUCGUGUAUUUAAAGAAGGGAUAUCACUGUAAAGACGUUCUAACGAUGCUGUUCUUUGUUUUGUUUGGACACAGGCUACCUUUACACGUUGUAUAUUUUUAAGUUCUGAGAUUUAUUGUAUUUUUCCAUAAAUAUACAAAUCUACAGACUUAUGUUUUAUUUUUUUCUUUGAGGGUGUUCAACUUUUGCAAACGAGGAACUGAAUGCUGACGACCACUGGCU